AUGAUACAUCCCAGGAGAUUAGAUAGGAUUAUACACGCAUCACCACUGUCGCUUAAGUAUAUUUCCAAAGUCACACUCAGGUUCUCAAAUGAAAAUAAACUGGCAAAGUCGUUCGUAAGGGACUACUUCCCCCUCAUGGCUCACGAGAAUCCACACAUACAGUUCCAUAACAAGUGUGUAGAGAAUAAACCGGAGCACUGCGUCAUACAUUUGGAAGACGGGAGCUCAAGGGUCUUCAACCUGAGAUUUUAUUUAUACCCUCAGCAGCUUAUGCAACGGAUUCUGGACUUAAACGAUGAUUAA